CAAGGAAGGCAAGGAUUUGUGCUCGGAAAGUCCGUCAAUGGAACGGUCUGCUAACUCCGAAGGAUCUCUACUGAAUGUGGAUGAAACUUUGGAAAGAAGUAAGGGGGUUCUAGGAUCACCAUUCUACGAAGAAAAACUGCGUCCGCUGUCAACUGGCCAAUUAACAGAGCUUCUCGGUGAAAUGGAAUCCUUGGUCGGAGCGCUCAGCGAAACUUUAAUAUUCUGUGCCCCACCUAGUGAUCCACUAGUACAUAUCCUCCGACGUGACAUAGCUGUGCUACGUAUAAAGAAGAAAAGAUUUAUUAAGAUGCAAAUUGCUCCUCUCUUCUUGCCAUUGUGCUUUCAGCCAUUAUUGUGCUGUAUGUUGAAAAUAUAGAACAGUUUAUAAUAUAGAAUAACAGGUACAGCUACGAAUACAGCACUACAAUAAAUCUUGUAGAAAUGAGCUCUCAUUGAGAUUUCUCUGUAUUUAUAACUCGACGCGAGAAGGCAAAAAUCAAUGUGAUGCCAUCUGUAAGGUGAUUGAACUCGUAUUUGCACUACGAGAACUCGUUGGGCAUUUUGCGGUGAAAUUUCAAAAAUUGUUGUACAAGAAAUUAAAUAAC